UUCAGGCAUUGUGACGAUGACGUCAUUGACGCUGUAUGUACAGUUCGGGAGGCUGUGAGGCCACGCCCCCCCCGGUCGGCGGGAUUUCAGUUUGAACGUUGCAGGAGCGGCGGAGGCAUGCUGCGGGCAGGUGGCGGCGGAGAUGAGCCGGCGUGGGGACACGGGGAGUCGGAGCCGUGGUUGUCCCUGCAGCAGCAGAGUAUGGAGCUUGGAAGAGUGGCGCUUAUGGGGAGCGGAGCCCACAAGGAGAAGCCGGCAGCCUGCCCCCUAGUCCUGCUGAAAAAGUUGGAACAGCUGAAACACCAGAAGUCUGAGCUGCAGAAGAGGAUCCGAUCAGAGGAAAUGUCAAUAGAAGAUUUUCACCCAGAAAAUAUCUCCAAGGAAAAUUUGACUGAGAUAAUUGCACAUUUUGAAAAAGAGAUUGAAAAGCUAAAAGUGGCACACCAUAACAAAACGCUGUUACUACGAAGGAUGCAGCUCUAUGAUGCAAUUCAUAAUAAGUUGUUAGAGAAUAAGACAGAGUCAAAGUUGAUCUAUGACAGCAUGGAACACAGUAUGGGCCUUUGCAAUUAUAUACUAAAGUCACAGAAGGAGACCCUCGCCUUGGAAGAUAAAUUGAUUGAAGUCAGAAAGAAGAGGAUGGAACUUAAAGAGACCUGUACCCAAAUGAUGACAGAGCUCAGAGCCUUGAAGGAAAAUGAGAGAAACUUUGACCAAAUGGACAAUCAGAAGUUUAGCAAGAUAAAUUCAUACAUUGCAAAAGAAAUUGAUAUAGUGACUGUGAUCCAGAAUGUUUUUCAGAGACUGAUUCUCGGCAGUUGCAUCGACUGGGCAGAAGAUCCAAAGCUGAAGGAGACUGUGCUAAAACUGGGCAAGAAUCCAGCCCGUUUUUAGCAUUUUAUGUACAUUUUAUUAUUUUAUUAAUAUAAUUUAAGUAUUUUUUAACAUUCUUAGACUCUACCUGGUCCUGUUGCAGUUUUAUAACUUCUUAUGAAAUACAAACAAAAGCAACAACAUUUAUUGUUAUGCAAUU